CGUUUAGCUUCCCACUUCCUGUUUAUUCGCCUAUUCGCUUGUAGGUGGCGCUGUGGCGGGCGGGCGGAGCUUCGGUGUCCCCGGCACUACAGAAGAAAAGCUGCAUUUUGUCCUGGAAGAAAACAUCACUCAGACAGCAGCUGCAGUGUUGAGACGAGACCAAGCUGCCAGUGGACUGAAGACUUAGGGCAGGAGGUCACCAUGGAAACGUAACGUUAGCACAGAUACGUUAACUGAUGUGAUGACAUGACUCUGAAGUGUCAGUAGUAGUGACAGUAAGUUACUUUCAGUGAUGGAGUUCCCCCAGCAUUCCCAGCAGCUGCUGUCAGCUCUGCGUUCCCAGCGCCAGCGGGGCUUCCUCUGUGACUGCAGCGUCCUGGUGGGCUCAUCCCGUUUCCUGGCUCACAGGGCUGUUUUGGCCUCCUGCUCGCCUUUCUUCCACAUGUUCUACUCCGACCCUCAAGGGGUCAUUGAUGGAAAUGGCACCAGCAGCUCUGUCAUACUCGACAGCGACAUUGUCACGGCUGCUGCAUUUGGCUUGCUCUUGGACUUUGUCUAUGAAGGCGUGCUGCAGCUGGCCGAGUCUCCACCAGUGGAGGACAUAUUGGCGGCUGCAAGCUUUCUGCACAUGAACGAGGUGGUGAGAGUCUGCAAGAGACGACUCCAGAGACGGGGGCCUCUGGCAGAGGCAGACAGCACUCGCUCCGAAGAGUGCGCUGGUGCCAGGAGGGCGAUAGAGACGGGGAGGGAGGGUGGGGGUGACGGUGGAGCUGAGCCGGUGCAGGCCAUGGCAGGAGAUCACUUAAAUCCAGUCGCCAUGGAAGCACCAAUCUCAUCGGUAUCUAGAAUGGCAGAGAGGAGUCAGUUGGAGUCUGUGAAGUCUGAGCGGAGGAUUGGUGGGGGGUCAUCAGAAGCACGAGUUCAGACUCCUCUGAGCCCUGACCUCGCUGAUACCACGCAGCCAGGCAUGGACGCCCCUCUGCUGCCUCCAGGCGGGGAGCUGGCGCAGGGCCUCAUCACAGGCCGGUCUGCCCCAGCCUCGGGAGGUGACGCCAGGUUGGGGACUGGAGGUCCUGGAGAGGGGUCGGCACUCUGCAGCCCCUGCAGCACCACUGAGACAUACAGGUGCAGUCAUAGCAGUAACCAGCAGCCCUCCUCGUCUUCUUCCUCCCGGGUGCCAGUGAGCCAGGCUAGUGGUCGGUCAGUGGUUACUUAUUCCCAGUCAGGAUCCAGCCUCUGCUCCAGCCCCCAACAUUAUGUCCCCCGACUGCCACGUGAUUACUCUGUAAGGGAACCUUCAGAAGCUGACCACAGAGGUACAUCAGGCAGAGGACAGCAGAUGGUCAUGUUAAUCCAAGCAUCAGCACUAACCUCACACAACCCAACACACUCACCACCACAGCGUGCACUUCCUCAGAUUCAAAUCCAGAGUGCUAUGUCACUCCAAAACUUAGACUUCCACUCUGCUCCUGAGACCCAAACUCUUAAGAGACCUGAGGGGAAUAUGGGAGCUUCACCCACCAUUAGAAAUGAAAGAUCUCACCGUCUCAUGGGCAGAGAGAGGACAGAUGACAAUGAUGGAGAGAAUGUAAAAGUCAAAGUGGAGGCCAUUGUUAUAUCCGACGAAGAGCUAGAGGAGGAGAAAGAGGAAAGCAGAGCGAGAGAACCAGUGAAUGAAGUAGACGAUGAGUUUGAAGAGGAAGAGCUGCACAGUCCGCAGUUUCUCUCCUCCCACCCACAGGGCCUAUUACAAAUGACCUCCCAUUCAAACGACUACUCCUUCCCCCUCUCUCCCUCCUCUUCCUCCUCCGGUGCUGGCCCUUCCUCCCAGGACACUUCCUCCUUCGCCCUCAUUCCUCCGUCUACAGCUCAGCAGCAUUCUGACCCUUCUGCCUACUUCCAGGACUUCCAGGACUCUAUGGGGAACUUUGUGGAGGACGUCCCCACCUGUGGAGUCUGUGGAAAGACUUUCUCAUGUACAUACACACUAAGGCGCCACGCCAUUGUGCACACACGCGAACGUCCUUAUGAGUGUCGCUACUGCUACCGGAGCUACACACAAUCAGGCGACCUGUACAGACACAUACGCAAAGCUCAUGACCACACACUGCCAGCUAAACGCAGCAAGACAGACAUGGAGCCCUCCCUGCCCCCACAACCACCACUACCACCACCACCUCCACCUCUUAGCCAACACACAAACACACACACUAUUGUAUUUCUAUACUUAUGCACACUUACCUAAACUUUAACUCUAAUUCAACAUUAAAACCUAAAUCGAGAACGCUUUCAUUUUCAAUGAAUUUGUGUUGGAAUUUCCUGGAUUAAUCAGUUGUUUGUCUGGUCUAUAAAAUGUCAGAAAAUGUGAAAUAUGUCACAAUUGCCCAAAGCUUAAGGUGGCAUCUUUCAAUUUCUUCCAAAUAUUGUCUUUAUUAUUUAUAUUUAUUGGCUUUUUAUUCUACUGAGGACAUUUGAUCUAGUGAUUCACCGAUCCGACUUUUUCCGCCCCGAUGUGAUACCUGGGAUUUUGGUAUCGGCCGAUAUCGAGUACCGAUCGAUCCCAUACCAGUGUUUAAUCAACCCUUAGAGAACGGGCCUCCCGCCAGCAGCCGCGUUUACAUGAUCCUAUUUAAAUCAAUCUAAAAUAAAAACCAUAACCUGGACAGAACCAUAAUAGCUAUAGCAUUCAUUCUUCAGGCUUCUGUCUUUCGUGUGAGUGCGAUUGUGAUGAUGUUGACGUGAAUUCCGGUGCAACACUGCGUGACACCAUUCUGUUGCAAAUGAAACUAUCAAAAUGCCUUUGGACUCUGCUCAUAAAAAUGAGCAUAUCUCAAAAACUAAAAAACAUACAAAUAACUUAUGGAGUGUUAGGAAAUAUUUUGGUCAUGGUUUUACGUUUAGGUUGUACGGAUUUUAGGGAUAUGAAGCAUUUAAAGAUAUUCUAAGAAAUGACAUCACAACCAUUUACCAUUUCUGUUGCAGUUCAAAGGGUUAAUUAGCUGUUUGCCUCACUGUGUAGAAGUGACUGGGAUCAUUAUUUUAUGUGCAAGGCAACAUCUGGCUUGACUUAAAGAUUGCUUUCCUAACUUUGCACCAGCAACUUGGUAAAACACCUUUACAAUUAACAGGAUUUACAAUUCAAGUGUGAACUUUUAAAUGCAGCAAAAAAAAAUGUUCAAACUUAAACAGGAAUUAAGAUUCCAUUAUAUAAUGUAUAAAAACAUAGAAUUUAAUUGAAUAGAUCGGCACCAUUGUCACCAAUACCCAAUCCAGCUAUUGGAGUCAGUAUGGGCUGGUUAUUAGUAUGGAUGGAUGUAUUCCUAUUUUGAUUCCCAUAAGUACAGAAAUACAAGAACUCAGAGUAAACACCAGCAACUUGAUAUCAACCCUUAUUCAUCAGACUAACACGUUUUAUAUUCAUGUAUGACCGUUGACUCCAUAGAACCCUAAAACUGAUCUGGUUUUAUGCUAUUAUGCUACUCUUCUUAAACAUUUAAAAGGCAUUUACAGUUUAGGUUUGGUAUUUAUUAAUACCUUUUUAUAUUAAUUUCACAUUUGUAUGUGUAUAAAAUUAUUAAAAACCUAAUUGUUAGAAGUUUCAGGAGAUGUUCCAAAAUGUUUCAAAGAGUUGUGUGCCAUGUGACAUCCUACACUUAGUGUUUGCUAUAUUAACCCAAACCACAAAUGAGGGAGUUUUUUUUUUUUAUCAUAUCAGGUACAUGAAUUGUAAUUUGUGUGUAUUCAGUGUGUGACUCAGUGCCAGCAAAGUUUGACUGAUUGUAAAUAUAGUACUGUAGCAUUGUACUGUUUAGAGUUUCAACCUGCACAAAUUCUAAAAUUACAAGAUUAACAUGUAAUACAAGCGUUUCCUUGCAUCGGUUUUGAUGAAGUAACUUCAUAAAAAGCAGAUAUAUAUUUGAUGAACAUGAACUGUGCUAAAUGGCCUUUACUUUGCCUUGUUUCUUCACCCCUUUUAAAGUGCAGUAAGAAGUAUUUGAUUAGAAAGAUUUCUAAAUGAGGCAACUGGCCUAGAAAUAUCAAAGUGGCAGCCAUACAAACUGAUUGAAUUUUACAUGGCAAGCAAUUAUUCAUUUACAGUGGCAGUCCAGGAUUAUAUACAGUAUUUUACUGUAAACUGUCAGAUUCUCUCAGCACUGUGGCCUAAACUACAUAUUUCAUAGACUUUAAUUGGCAUUGUCCAUCAGGGACAAUUAAAAAGUUGUUAGGAAUGGAAACCCAGUGUAAUUGUUCCUUAACUUCCAGCCUACAUGUCAUACUACAUACUGGUAGUAUAGCAGUGGAAGUGAGGGAGGAGAAUGAACAAGUUUGAGGAUCCACCCUUUUUUGUCUAAUUUUUCUUAUUGCCUGUGUGACCUUUCCCUCUGUAGUGUUUCUUCUGUAAUAUGACAGAAUAUACAGUACGAGCACACAAAUACAGUAAUUCUGCCUUCUAUUUAAAUGUGCAGGAAUAACUGUUUAACCCCAUUUUACAUGUUUUUGAACUACAGUUUCU